UUGUCGUUAAAGGCUUGCGCCUUCUCUAGAACAUUCUCCUUCCGCUCUCUCAUUGCCGCCGGCCGCCGCUCUUCGCCGCCGUGGUUUCUCCUUUUGUCGUUGUCCUCCAUCACACGGAUAGUAUCUUCUAUAUCAGGCCGCCGCUUGCUCUUCCGCCUUGUCUUGGCUGCUACCUGCGUCGCUCGUCCUUCGAACCCUAGGAUCUCCCCUCACGAACUGAUCGGAGACGGUGAGCUCAUCGUCGGAAUCAUGGCCGAUUGUUCCAAGAGGUUGACCCCUGUGUCGAGCUUUUCCUCCACCUCCUCCUCGUCGUCCUCGUCUUCCGGUGCUUCCCUAUUCAAGAAGUCCUUCUCCCUUCUGCGAUCGUUAUCUUACAACACCCAACGGAGAGCCUCGUCGAAGAUCCUCGGGCGGCGGCUCGCCGACGAGCCGAAGCGCCCCAAGUUGAUUCUUUACUCCACCUCGCUCCGCAGCAUCCGGCGCACCUUCGCGGACUGCUCCGCCGUCCGCGCCAUCCUCCGCGGCUUCCACGUCUCCGUCGACGAGCGCGAUGUUUCCAUGGACGCAUCCUUCCGCCGGGAGCUGCAGGAGUUGCUGGGGAAGGGCCGGCCGGUCGUUCUGCCCCAGGUGUACAUUGGCAGCCGGUGGCUCGGCGGUGUGGAAGAGAUCCGGCAGAUGCACGAGGCCGGGGAGCUGGUGAAAAUGCUCGAUGGGGUUGCCGUUCAGGACCCUGCGAUCGUCUGCGGUGCCUGCGGUGGGAUGCGGUUCAUCCCCUGCUCCAAUUGCUAUGGAAGCCGGAAGGUGUUUGUUGAGGAAGAAGGGAGGAUGAGACGCUGUGAGCUCUGCAACGAGAAUGGACUGGCACGAUGCCCUCACUGCUGUUCAUGAAUUUUUCUGGAACACUGGAUUUCCAAAUGAUGGAUGAAUCAAAGAGCAAACGAUAAAUCGAGGGAACAAUUUCCCUCUGAAUUCCUGUUUAUUGAUCUGGAGGCAAUCAGUUUACUUGCUUGAGUGGAAUUUUACCCAACUUGGAUGAAUUUGAGAGUACCUGCUUUAUCUGGAGUUGAUGGUCUCUUGAUUGAUAGUGCUGGUUCUUGUCUCAAAAGUGUGUUGGUGAAUGGUGAUAGGGAAGAAGUAAGCUGUGUGUAUAAUCUGAUUGUGCGCAUAUCGGUUUGCCAAUAACAUGGUUGAUGGUUAUUUCUUCCAGUUUGCCGAUAGCAUGAUUUGACUUCUCUUUGGUAGCUAGUGCUGAUCAUGAUAAAGCUGCAUGAUAUGGUUGUACUAGUUGGUAUGCUUAUAAUUCUAUUGUGCAAUAUUGAAUUAUGGUGUUCAACUUUUGUCGUUCACAUCA